ACGAUAGUGUGAUAUCGAGGGUCUAAUCACAAGUGGGAACGAUGGGCUAAACUCAUUACUCAUGUUGUUGAUAAAACAAUAUAUAAUAAUAAUAUACUAUCCACAUGAUACCAAAUUUGUAACUUUGUGUAGAUCGAUUGAACGUAAUCCAUGGCGGGUGGUGAAGGUGAAGGCACCUCAUUAGAGUUUACACCCACAUGGGUUGUCGCUGCCGUCUGUACAGUUAUCGUCGGGAUCUCUCUUGCUGUCGAACGUCUACUACAUUACACCGGCAAGAAACUAAAGGAGUCAGGUCAAAAGCCUCUCUAUGAAGCCUUGCAAAAGAUCAAAGAAGAGUUGAUGCUUUUGGGGUUUAUUUCCCUUUUAUUAACUGUUUCCCAAUCAAGACUUGUCAAGAUUUGUGUAAAGGAGAGUAUAAUGAAACACCUUCUUCCAUGCUCGUUGAGUCAUAAAAAAGAAGCCUCAAGUAAUAAAGGUUACGAGGCAACGUCUCAUAUUCGCCAUUUACUUGCGGAAGAAGCAACGACUUUGGGUUAUUGUGCUUCAAAGAACAAAGUCCCGCUCCUAUCUCUUGAGGCAUUGCAUCAUCUCCACAUAUUUAUUUUUGUCCUAGCUGUUGUGCACGUGGCAUUUUCUGUCCUUACUGUUGUAUUUGGAGUGGCUAAGAUACGGGAAUGGAAGCAUUGGGAAGAAUCUAUCACAAAAGAUAACUUUGACCAUUCAAAAGUUUUAAAGCAUAAAGUCACACGCGUUAAAGAUCAUGACUUUAUUAAGGACCGUUUCGUUGGCAUGGGCAAACGUUCAGCCAUUCGAGGCUGGCUGCGUUCUUUUUUCAAGCAAUUCUAUGGAUCUGUCACCAAGUCAGAUUAUGUAGCAUUGCGUUUGGGAUUUAUUAUGACCCAUUGCAAGGCAAACCCGAAGUUCAAUUUUCACAAAUACAUGAUCCGAGCGCUAGAAGAUGAUUUUAAAAAAGUGGUUGGAAUCAGUUGGUAUCUUUGGCUAUUUGUGGUCGUAUUCUUGUUGAUGAACGUUAACGGUUUGCAUGUAUACUUCUGGAUAUCUUUCAUCCCUUUCUUUCUUCUACUUGCUGUGGGAACAAAGCUGGAACACAUCAUAAUCCAGUUAGCUCAAGAGGUUGCUGAAAAACAUGUAGCUAUAGAAGGAGAAUUAGUCGUGCAUCCGUCAGAUGAUCAUUUUUGGUUUCGACGCCCCAAAGUUGUGCUUUUUUUCAUACAUUUUAUCCUCUUUCAAAAUGCAUUUGAGAUCGCAUUCAUCUUCUGGAUUUGGGUUCAAUAUGGUUUUGAUUCAUGCAUAAUGGGGAAAGUCGCUUACAUUAUUCCGCGGUUAAUCAUCGGGUUGUUUAUACAGGUUUUGUGUAGUUAUAGCACUCUACCACUUUAUGCUCUUGUGACACAGAUGGGAACACAUUUCAAGAAGUCAAUAUUUGAUGAGCAUAUACAGGCCAAAGUUGUGGGUUGGGCUCUACACGCCAAGAAAAAGACGGCCCAUAGCGGUGGGACCAACGACUCGGGCCAAGAUGGCCCAGCUACCUCUAGCUCUGCUGCCACAUCUGCUUUUAAGGGUAUUCAACUAAGUCAAAUUAAUCAGAACCAACAGUCUUAAAAAAUGUAGUGAUUCAUGGAGUAUAUGAUAUAUUGAUAGUAGCUGCAAAAUAAGGUCAAUCUUGAGCCUAGUUUUGUUAUGUUUGUGAUUUGUGGACCGGCCCGACUAGUUUUAAUAACCGGAUGAUGUCAUAUAUAAUUUAAAAUGUAAACUUAUAAAUAUAUAAGGAACUUAAAUAUUUUUAACAACACUUUA